AUGACCAGUGAUUUGAUGGAAGUGGACUCGGCCCCACAAACUGAGGUCAAAACUGAUAGCGAAUCGACUGUGGACAAGGUCCUACACUUGUUGCAGGAUGUUUCCAAGACGACAACGACAUUGGAUUCCAGAUUUGUGUGGAAGUCGCUGAGAGAGUUGAGCACACUCAGGUCCUCCCUUGAGAAAGAGGAUUUGGCGGUGCUAGUCAAUUUGCUCUAUCCCGAAAGCUCAACAUUCAAGGUGCCGCUUUUGAAAUUCAUCAAUAACAAUCAGAAAAGCAAGGUCGACAAUGCCGAGGAGCAGCGUCAGCAGUACCCUGCGGCCUUCUACCAGCUGACUGGCGGCAAUUCGGUCGAUGUUUCUGGUGAAGUGAACAGCUUUCUGCAUUUGUUAGUUCAGCUGUACCUGCUGGACUCAAACCAGGUUGAUCAUCUGAAAGUCUUCAACUUGCAGGUAGUCAUCCCAAAGGUACUCAACUUCUACAACAACCGUACCCUGGACCUGAUCAACGCAAAACUAUGGUUUUACAUCUGCAGGGCGCAUGAGCUGCGGGGCGACGCUUUUGACACUAGCAUUAGGUCAGAGAUGGUUAAGUUUUUGAAGACUGCCACCCUGAAACACGACAACGAAACGAGGGCAAUGCUCAUCACGUUUAUCCUCAGAAGCUUCCUGCAAACCGGCGAAGUUGACGCGGCUGCAGACUUCAUCGGCAAAGUCGAAUUUCCCGGUUCCAACGAUGUCUCAAGCCCCUUAGAAGCUCGCUACUACUUCUACCUGUCCAAAUUGAGUGCUAUUCAGUUGGACUACUCCACUGCCAACGAAUACGUAAUAGCAGCUAUCCGCAAAGCUCCCAACACCAAAAAGUGCAUUGGAUUCCUACAGCAGGCUAACAAACUGCAUUGCGCAAUCGAACUUCUGAUGGGAGAUAUUCCAGAGCUCUCAUUUUUCAAGCAAAAGAACAUGGAGCGUUCGCUGCUACCAUAUUAUCACCUAUCCAAAGCGGUAAAGCUCGGUGACUUGAAUAAAUUCACGUCCGCCAUUUCCACUUACAAGAAAGAACUUGUUCAUGAUGGUAAUUACCAGUUGUGUGUCCGUCUAAGAUCUAGCGUCAUCAAAACAGGGAUCCGGAUAAUCUCGCUUACUUACAAGAAAAUUUCAUUGAAGGAUAUAUGUCUCAAGCUGCGCUUGGACUCGGAGCAGACGGUGGAAUACAUGGUAUCAAGAGCUAUCAGGGACGGCGUCAUCGAGGCGAAGAUCAACCAUGAAGAAGGAUAUAUCGAGUCUAGCGAACUACUAAAUGUCUAUGCUACCCAGCAGCCCCAGCAGCUAUUUGACGAAAGAAUCAGAUUUGUCAAUCAGCUUCACGAUGAAUGCGUGAAGGCCAUGAGGUACCCAGAGGACGGAAAUAAGGAUAAAAACAAGUCUGCGGACCACGACCAAUUAGACGAAAUGAUUGAUAUUUCGGAUUUGGAUGAAGACGACUUAGGUGACUUCUAUUGA